ACUCCGGCGGCGCCUCGGACGCCGACUCGGAGGUGUGUCCGGGGAUCCCGAGUUCCACUGCGGAGGUGAGCGGGCACCGAGGCUGAGGCGAGGGGAGACUGGGGGGCGCCUGCAGCAAGGGGUCUCACUGUAUGAUCCAGGCUCUCAGGGUGAUCUUGAAUUUACUGUACAGUCUAGCUGGCCUCAAGUUCUUAAUGAUCCCCUUGCCUCAGCCUCCUGAGUGCUGGGAUUGCAGGCAGUGGAGGAAGAAAUGGCAGGUCCCAGUCAACUCUGCAUUCGCCGCUGGACUACAAAACACGUAGCUGUGUGGCUGAAAGAUGAAGGCUUUUUUGAGUAUGUGGAUAUCCUGUGCAACAAGCACCGACUGGAUGGGCUCACACUACUGACCUUGACUGAGUAUGAUCUCCGCUCUCCUCCUCUGGAAAUCAAGGUCCUAGGGGACAUUAAAAGGUUAAUGCUCUCGGUCCGAAAAUUGCAGAAAAUACAUAUUGAUGUUUUAGAGGAGAUGGGCUACAGCAGUGACAGUCCCAUGGGCUCCCUGAGCCCGUGCAUUAGUGCUCUGCAGGGUGCAGACUGGCUGUGCAAUGGGGAGCCUUCCCAUGACUGCGAUGGACUCCUCACCGACCUGAGCGCCGAUCAGUACCAGUACAUGAACGGCAAAAGCAAACAUUCUGUCCGAAGACUGGACCCAGAGUACUGGAAGACCAUACUGAGCUGUGUAUACGUUUUUAUAGUGUUCGGGUUUACAUCGUUCAUUAUGGUGAUAGUCCAUGAGCGAGUGCCUGACAUGCAGACCUAUCCACCACUCCCAGAUAUCUUCCUAGACAGUGUUCCCAGAAUCCCAUGGGCCUUCGCCAUGACGGAAGUGUGUGGUGUGAUCCUGUGCUACAUUUGGCUCCUGGUUCUUCUUCUUCACAAGCACAGGUCAAUCCUUCUGCGAAGGCUCUGUAGUCUGAUGGGCACUGUCUUCUUGCUUCGCUGCUUUACCAUGUUUGUGACCUCCCUCUCCGUGCCAGGACAGCACCUGCAGUGCACUGGAAAGAUAUAUGGCAGCGUGUGGGAGAAAUUACACCGGGCCUUUGCCAUUUGGAGUGGCUUCGGUAUGACCCUGACUGGCGUUCACACCUGUGGAGAUUACAUGUUCAGUGGCCACACAGUCGUCCUAACUAUGUUGAAUUUCUUUGUCACUGAGUAUACACCAAGAAGCUGGAACUUCCUGCACACCCUGUCCUGGGUUCUCAAUCUCUUUGGGAUCUUCUUCAUCCUGGCUGCCCAUGAACAUUACUCCAUCGAUGUGUUCAUAGCCUUUUACAUCACAACGAGGCUCUUUCUGUACUACCACACUCUAGCCAACACCAGGGCUUACCACCAGAGCAGGAGAGCAAGAAUUUGGUUUCCCAUGUUUUCUUUUUUUGAAUGUAACGUUAACGGCACAGUACCUAAUGAAUAUUGUUGGCCAUUUUCAAAACCAGCAAUAAUGAAAAGACUAAUUGGCUGAAGUUAUCUUUGUAAUGAGUUGUGAUUAAGUAUACAGUAGGUGUUGAAUAACUUUGCUUUUUCUUGUUAGGUUGUUCUUGGAUGUGUUGUGUAUUGACAGAGUUCCCAGUUCUGAGCAAGGGUAUGAUUGUAAAAAGCAAGGAAGAACAAUGAAGAAUCCUUGCCUGGCCUUUUAAACAGAAUGCUUAAGUAUUGGUUUUCUGCCCCUUCAUUUUAAGAAGAUUCACAUAAUAGAGUGAAGUCAGGCCAUUGCCCUUAUCGCUGAGUAUUUGUUUAUUGAACUUAAGCAAGUUAGCACAAGCAAUUUGUUUGUUGGGGGAUUUUUAUGAAUUUCCAGCAGUGCGCUAGUUAAGAAAUGGUAUUUUUUGAAGCUUCUUAUCUUCAAAAGAAAAAAACGUACUGAGUGAGCAAUACUUGUUCUUUGUACUAAUCUUUGUUUGUGCCUGAAAAGUAAUUUGUUCUAUUGACAAAUAUGUUUGGCCUUCUGAAUUAUCUUUAAGAAAGAACACUGAGCAUACACCAUGCCUGAAAUAAGGGGACGAAAGGGGCUGUCCGGGAGGUGCCAGUGCUGAGGAGGUGUCCCAGGCCUUCUUGUGGAUGUGGAUGUAGGGCUGGCAUUUUUCACCAAAGAUGCAGCAAAAGAUGCAGCUCAUAUUUGUUCUGAGGGCUCAGUAUGAAUGUCGGCAAAUAGUCUUGAGGGAAAAUAUGUCUGCAUUCAUGAAAUGAUGAAUAAUUUUAGUGGUAUAGGGCCAGCGAGAUAGCUCAGCAGUCUAAAGCACCUGCUUAGGCAUGCGUAGGCAGGCACAGGGGACUGCAGUCCCA